UCAUUUUUAAGUGAAUUCAUUCUUCAGGGAUUCACAGACAAUCCCAAAAUGCAGCUUGUUCUUUUUUUUAUCUUCCUCUCAAUUUAUGUCAUUGCUGUGUUAGGGAAUGUUGGGAUGAUUCUAUUGAUAUGCACUAGUACCCAACUUCACAAACCCAUGUAUUACUUCCUGGGCAACCUUUCCUUUGUUGAUCUCUGCUGUUCCUCAACCAUUGCUCCUAGAAUGCUGAUUGAUUUAUUAAGUGAAACUAAAAGGAUUUCUUACAAUGCCUGUGCUACACAGCUCUUUUUCUAUGUGUUUUUUGUAGACAUAGAGUGUGUUUUGUUGGCUGUGAUGGCCUAUGACAGGUAUGUGGCUAUCUGUAAUCCACUUCUCUAUUCAGCUAAAAUGUCCAAAACGCUCUGCCAACAACUGAUUGCUUUUGCAUAUUGCAUAGGCUUCAUGGAUACAAUAAUAUACACUUCCUCUACAUUCCUACUCACAUUCUGCAGGUCAAAUCUUAUUAAUCAUUUCUUCUGUGAUAUGCCUCCACUGUUUGUACUCUCCUGUUCUGACACCUAUGUUAAUGAGCUUGUGCUACUUAUCAUUGAUGGCUUCAUUGAAGCAUGCAGCAUUUGUAUGAGUCUUAUAUCCUAUGUUUAUAUUGUGGUUACAAUCUUAAGAAUGCACUCGGCUGAGGGUAGGCGCAAGGCAUUUUCCACCUGUGCUUCUCACCUGACAGCUGUUGGGAUAUUCCACGGGACCAUAGUCUUCAUGUACAUUCGGCCCACCUCCAGCUAUUCCAUGGACCAAGACAAAUGGGCCUCUAUGUUCUACACAGUCGUGAUCCCCAUGCUCAAUCCUUUGAUCUACAGCCUGAGGAACAAGGAGGUGAAAGAUGCUCUGACAAAAUCAGUGGGCAAUGUAUGGACUUUUAAAGGCAGGAAACCCAAAUAA